AAACUUCCGGUAGCCACUUCGUCAACUUCCGGUAAUGCUAGGGCGGUGAUUGUGUCGGUGGCUGGAUGUGUAGUUAGUGGUUAAAAGUUUUUCCAUCCCCAUUUAUCGUAAUGGAUAGCCAAGGUAAAAAAGUCAUUGUGUGCGACAACGGAACGGGGUUUGUCAAAUGUGGUUACGCGGGGUCCAACUUUCCGGCCUUCCGAUUCCCAUCGCUCGUAGGGAGGCCCAUUCUACGAGCCGCCCACAAAAUAGGAGACAUCGAAAUAAAGGAUGUGAUGGUUGGUGACGAGGCGUCCAAACUGCGCUCCAUGCUGGAGGUGGAGUACCCCAUGGAGAACGGCAUUGUGCGCAACUGGGACGACAUGUGCCUGGUGUGGGACUACACGUUUGGCGAGCACAAGCUGGCCAUCGACCCGCACGAGUGCAAGGUGCUCCUCACUGAGCCGCCCAUGAACCCGCUCAAGAACCGGGAGCGCAUGAUUGAGGUCAUGUUCGAGAAGUACGGUUUCGACAGCGCCUACAUUGCCAUACAAGCUGUGCUGACGCUCUACGCCCAGGGUCUUUACACUGGGGUGGUCGUAGACUCGGGCGAUGGCGUCACCCACAUCUGCCCAGUGUUUGAAGGCUUUGCCCUGAAUCAUUUGACUCGGAGAUUGGACAUCGCGGGCCGGGACAUCACACGGUAUCUAAUCAAGCUGCUGCUGUUGCGUGGCUACGUAUUCAACCAUUCGGCCGACUUCGAGACGGUGCGCAUGAUCAAGGAGAAGCUCUGCUACGUCAGCUACAACGUGGAGCAGGAGCAGAAGCUGGCCCUGGAGACAACAUUCCUGGUGGAGUCUUACACUCUUCCAGACGGUCGCACCAUCAAGCUGGGCGGCGAGCGGUUCGAGGCGCCGGAGGCCCUCUUCCAGCCACACCUCAUCAAUGUGGAGGGGCUGGGCAUCGCGGAGCUGCUUUUCCAGACGAUCCAGAGCGCGGCGAUGGACGUGCGACCGAAGCUGUACAAGUACAUCAUUCUGUCGGGGGGCUCGACCAUGUACCCGGGUCUGCCGAGCCGUCUUGAGCGCGAGAUCAAGCAGCUCUACCUGGAGCGUGUGCUCCGGGGGGACACGGAGAAGCUCAUGAAGUUCAAGAUCCGUAUCGAGGACCCUCCCCGACGCAAGGACAUGGUUUUCAUCGGCGGCUCCGUCUUGGCCGAAGUGAUGAAGGACAAUGACAAGUUCUGGAUGAGCCGCCGGGAGUACGAGGAGAAGGGCGUGCGCGUCCUGGACAAGCUGCUGCCCGGCGCUGCCGUCAUGUAACCGGCACCACCGUCACAUUGCCGUCACUUCCACCCACAUCACUGCCCUGCGACGCCUCUAGGCGCCAUGUGCCAGCGCAUUCGGGGAUCCUUGACGCGGAAACUGCGGCGCAGAUUCAGGUGCGACGUUAAUGCUGUUGAACAGCAAACGUGGUGCACUUAUCGGCCCUACGGCGGGUCUGUGCAAUCUGCGCACUUCGAUGCGCCGUGUUCAUGUGUGGUCGCGACUUAUAGUGGGCAUGGCAGGGACCGCUCGUAGUGUUGUAGAGGCACCCUCCAAUGCUUUCCUAUGCGACAAGUUUUCGGGAAGGUUUGCAGUAUUUCGAAAGUUCUGCUUAGCGGAAGCACUGGCGGGAACUCAAGCGUUCUCGCAGAGUUUGCGGAGGCUGUCUGCUGUGGUGGCCAUCUUGCCGCACUGAAGUAAUUCCUAAACCACGAUGAGGUUGUAGCGAAGUAUGGCGUUGUGGCACUGUCGGCCGGUAUUUCGAGAACAUGACGACAAGCAACUUGCGCCCAUCUACACGUGCGGGUGCACGUCAGUUCGCAUCCUCUCAGACAAAUGUUGCUUCCUUCCAGUUUCCAAUCUAUUAGGCCUUUCAGAUCACUGCCUGUACUGUUGUUUUUAAGUCUUGUUCUAAUCACCAAUUCGUUUGCGUAGCUUGUACUACCUUACUUCUAUUCUAGAUCUUUCAUCGCUCUCUAUCUAGUUGACGAUGUAGCUAACUUUUUAGACUAGUGAUUACGCAUUGUUAGCACGUUGCUUCGAAGAAGCGUGCAGUUAAUUCUUUACGCAGUGUACAUAAUACAGUUGUUCUGCCCCCCGAGAAUCGUUUCGAACACUACGGGUGUGUGUGAGUAGGUGUUGGUCACAUUUGCUGGCAAAUGAGCUUGUUAAUUCCUCAUUACCACCCGUGAUACUUAUUCGCGGGGCAAAUUAGUGCGCGACUUGUAAAUAUUGUGUACGAUAAUCUAAGUAAACCGGCGAUAUUGUGGUGAGAGGAUAUGUUGGGAUUACUUUGCCGACCCUUCUUGUUUGUCUGGUCAUUUCAUUCCCAUGGUCGGCUUUCUCGUUCGGUGGCUUUUGCGAAGACCAGUGCCACGUCGUAUUUUCCUGUUGUGAUUCAGCGGCGAGCGCUUCAAACCGUUCGCACAAUAUAAUAAUUAUCUUUUUUUUCCUAUUUUUUAUUUGAGAGCACAAACUAGUUGUUCUCCUGAAAAACACUUUUGUCGGAAUGAUUGCAUCGUUGUCAUUUUUAUUUUAUAAUAAACAUUCACUUCCUGAUCAACAAA